AUGCCCUAUUACAACCUGUAUCUGGCCUGGCCCAUCUACUACAUGGUGAAGUCCUGCUCCAGCGUCCUGCCCUGGACAACUUGUGGCAACAGCUGGAAAACCGACCUGUGUAUUGACUACGUGAAUACAACGUAUAGCAGAAACAAGACAGCCCUUGCAGGGAAUACGUCAUAUACCGUCACCAAAUCCGAAAAGUGGGAAAAUAUGACUUUAGCUCACACACCUGCGGAGGAGUUUUGGCACUACAAUGUCUUGGGUGUCUCAACGGGCUUGGAGGAUGUGGGGUCUGUACAGUGGCACAUAGUUGGAUGUCUCUUGUUUUCAGUUGUCGUAAUCUUUAUAUGUCUUAUUCGUGGAGUCAAGUCUGUUGGUAAGGCUGUGUACGUGACUGCGCUGCUGCCGUACGUCCUCCUCAUCUCCAUCUGCAUCACGACGCUGCUGCAACCAGGUGCUCUAGAUGGCGUGUAUUACUUUUUCAUACCUGACUUCAACAAACUACUUGAAUUACAGGUGUGGCUGGAAGCAUGUUUGCAAGUGUUCUAUUCACUGGGUGUUGGCCUCGGGAUGAUUGGCACUGCUGCGAGCUACAACAACUUCCAUGAACCAUGUCUCCGAGACAGUAUCAUACUGACGAUUGUCUCAGAAGGAACCAGUAUCUUCUGUGGCCUGGUGACCUUUGCUGCUCUCGGAGUCAUGUCACAGAAAACGGGAGUUCCCAUUGAAACUGUUGUCUCAGGGGGUAGGUAA